AGACCAAUAGGUAGGUAUAAUCCGUAUAGAGUGUAUCGGUAUAUGUAUGUACAUACACACAACUACAUGUUACCAAGUACGAAGCUGUACGAAAGGAAGCCAUCAAAAGAUGUCGAUCCGACGAACUCUACAGCAGUCAUCGAUGGUCGUCGACGAUCGACAGAUGUAAUUCAGUGCUUAUACGUACUUAUUCAGUCACAUUCAGGCAAACAGCGGUAGACCGCGCUAGAUAACGAUUGUCCGGUCGGUGAUAACGAGAACGCAAAUAAAUUUAAGUGAAUUAUUUACAGUGGAGUUAUUUGUGGUGCGUGAAAAAAGCUUUCGAUAGUGUUAUAGUUUUUUACACCACAUAAAUUAUGUCGAAUGUCGACGAGUAUUACACAGAGAUUUUGCGAUUUGUAAAGCAAGCUGGUUCGAUUGUCAGAGAAAAAAUUUAUCAACAUAAAGAUGUACUUACAAAAUCAUGUGAUGUUGACUUUGUUACGGAGUGGGAUCAAAAAGUUGAAAAACUUUUAAUUGAUGGAAUAUCAUCCAGAUAUCCUGACCACAGAUUUAUUGGCGAAGAAAGCACUUCCUCAGGACAAAAAAUAGAAUUAACAAAUUCUCCAACAUGGAUAAUCGAUCCUAUCGACGGCACGAUGAAUUUUGUUCAUGGUUUACCAUACACAUGCAUCUCGAUUGCGCUGCUUAUUAAUAAAAUAACAGAAAUAGGAAUAGUAUAUAAUCCAAUUUUGGAGCAACUUUUCACUGCUCGCAAAGGUCAGGGCGCUUUUCUCAAUGGCGCCCCGAUUCAUGUAUCCAGUGAAAAGGAAUUGCGUCAGGCAUUAGUAAUGUUAGAAGUGGGAACUAGUAGAGAUCCAGAAAAAUUGAAAAUAGUCCUACAAAAUAUAACACUUCUUACAUCACAUGUACAUGGAAUACGAUCGUUUGGUGCGGCAGCUCUAAAUAUGUGCAUGGUGGCUCUUGGUGGUGUUGACGCUUCUUUUGAAUUUGGUAUACAUGCAUGGGAUGUUGCAGCUGGAGAUCUUAUUGUUCGAGAAGCUGGCGGUGUGUCAAUAGAUCCAGCUGGAGGCCCAUUUGACGUGAUGAGCAGAAGAACAUUGUGCGCAUCAUCGAUGGAAUUAGCUCAACAACUUUCCAAAAUAUUAAUCCAGUAUUAUCCAGAACGAGAUUAAGAAGUAUAAAAGCUUCAUGGAAGAUGAAGAAAAAUCAUUGUUUUUACGGAUAUCGGAUUAGGCACUAAAAAUAAUGCAAAUAUUACCUAAAAGAAAAAAAAUGUAAAUUCAAAUUAGGUGCCUA